AUGCCGAGAUACUGCACAGAUGGUGCAAUUGGAAUGAAGGUGCUAUCUGAUCCUUCGGAUGCCGACCUAGACAUUGUCUUUGUGCACGGAUUGACCGGCAACCGCGAGAAAACAUGGAUGCACGAAAAUGGAACCUUAUGGCCCCGAGAUCUUCUCGCCAAGGACUUAUCCAAAGCACGCAUUAUGACCUUCGGUUACGACAUCGAUAUAUUCAGCUUCACCUCCAUUACCUUCUCCCACCGACUUUACGACCACAGCCAAUCCUUAGCCUAUGCAAUCGUCAGCCAACGAAUCGACUGCUCAAGCAGACCCAUCCUAUUCAUCGCACACAGCCUAGGCGGCUUGGUAUGCCAGCAAGCCUUGAUCCUCAGUAAUACUAUAGACGGUCUAUGGGCAAUAUCCUCAAGCGCCAUCGGAAUAAUUUUUAUGGGUACACCCCAUUACGGAUCUUCGCUCGCUUCCUACCGAGAGAAACUCGCAAAAGGGAUGAACAUAGUCCACACCGCGAAUAGGGAUAUGGUUGGGGCUCUGCAUCCGGGCCCUAGCAACGUGCAGCGAGUUGGGAAUGAGUUUCUCUCUAUGCUUGCUCGUGGGGAUCUUUCUCUCAAAGUCUGCUGUUUCUAUGAAAUGAAGAAGACGAAUGAUCUAGUGGGUAAGAUUGUUGAGGAAUACUCGGCUGUUUUGCGCGAGUAUGACAGCCGAGGUAUUUAUGCCGAUCAUUGCAACAUGACGAAGUUCAGUGGCUAUUCGGAUGGAAGUUAUGGGCUUGUGAGAUCGGUCAUUACCGGGUGGCUCCACGAGUCUCGUGGUGGUGACGAGGAAAGCAAGAUUGAUGUGUCUGCUUCUGUUUCUGGAAAUCCUGCUUGGUUGGGGUCUUGGACGCCAGGGGAUUUUUGCCUUAAUGGGAGAUAUUAUACACAUGGAGAGCAGAACUUUAGCUUCGAUUGA